CGCCGGCGGGGUGCGAGCGCCUGCGCAGUACGGGUGCGCUCGGUGCGAGAGGCUCGGAGGGGCUGGCGAUGGCUCCGGCGCGGUGCCCAUCAGAUUCCAGUUACAGAAGAUAGAUAACCAGGAGAUUUUACGUUUCACCAUGGCUCAGUUUGGAGGCCAGAAGAAUCCCCCUUGGGCUACUCAGUUUACAGCCACGGCAGUAUCUCAGCCAGCUGCUCUUGGUGUACAGCAGCCAUCACUGCUUGGAGCCUCUCCUACCAUAUACACCCAGCAGACAGCACUGGCAGCAGCAGGCCUAACCACGCAAACACCAACCAACUAUCAGCUCACUCAGACAGCUGCUUUGCAGCAGCAAGCUGCAGCUGCAGCAGCUGCUUUACAGCAGCAAUACUCACAACCUCAGCAGACUCUCUAUAGUGUACAGCAACAGCCAGCUGUUGCACUACCUACCAGUCUUAGCCUGUCCACUCCUCAACCGGCAGCCCAGAUAACUGUUUCCUAUCCAGCACCCCGGUCAAGUCAGCAGCAAACCCAACCACAAAAGCAGCGUGUCUUCACUGGGGUGGUUACUAAACUGCAUGAUACUUUUGGGUUUGUGGAUGAAGAUGUCUUUUUUCAACUCAGUGCUGUUAAAGGAAAGACACCUCAGGUGGGUGACAGAGUUUUGGUAGAAGCUACUUACAAUCCUAAUAUGCCAUUCAAAUGGAAUGCACAAAGGAUUCAGACACUUCCAAAUCAGAACCAGACACAAGCCCAGCCGUUACUGAAGACACCUCCAGCAGUUCUGCAGCCCAUUGCACAGCAGACUGCAUUCAGUGUUCAGGCACAGCCGCAGCCACAGUCCUUGUUGCAGGCACAGAUAUCAGCAGCUUCAAUCACACCUUUGCUUCAGACACAGCCUCAGCCCUUAUUGCAGCAGCCACAGCAGAAAGGUGGUUUGCUACAGCCCCCUGUUCGCCUGAUUUCACAGCCUCAGCCAGCUCGAAGAUUAGACCCACCAUCUAGAUUUUCUGGGAGGAAUGACAGAGGAGGAGACCCUAUGCCAAACCGGAAAGAUGACAGGAGUCGUGAAAGAGACCGUGAGCGGCGACGGUCCCGGGAGAGGUCACCUCAGCGAAAACGCUCCCGAGAGAGAUCGCCCAGACGAGAGCGGGAGAGGUCUCCUCGCAGGCCGCGACGUGUUGUGCCGCGUUACACCGUUCAGUUCUCCAAGUUUUCCUUGGACUGCCGUAGCUGUGACAUGAUGGAGCUGAGGAGACGUUACCAGAACCUCUAUAUCCCAAGCGAUUUCUUCGAUGCUCAGUUUACGUGGGUGGAUGCUUUCCCUAUGUCUAGACCAUUUCAGCUGGGAAACUACUGUAAUUUCUAUGUGAUGCAUAGAGAAGUAGAUCCUAUAGAUAAAAAUGCUGCUGUCCUUGAUCCACCUGAUGCUGAUCAUCUGUACAGUGCAAAGGUGAUGUUAAUGGCUAGUCCUAGUAUGGAAGAUCUCUAUCACAAGUCAUGUGCUCUGGCUGAAGAUCCUCAAGAGCUUCGGGAUGGUUUUCAGCAUCCUGCUAGGCUUGUAAAGUUUUUAGUGGGUAUGAAAGGCAAAGAUGAAGCUAUGGCUAUUGGAGGACACUGGUCCCCAUCACUGGAUGGACCUGAUCCAGAAAAGGACCCUUCUGUGCUGAUAAAGACGGCUAUUCGUUGUUGCAAGGCUCUUACAGGGAUUGACUUAAGUGUAUGCACACAAUGGUACCGUUUUGCAGAGAUUCGCUACCAUCGCCCUGAGGAGACCCACAAGGGGCGUACAGUUCCAGCUCAUGUGGAGACAGUGGUUUUAUUUUUCCCGGAUGUUUGGCAUUGCCUUCCCACCCGCUCAGAGUGGGAAACCCUCUCCCGAGGAUACAAGCAGCAGCUGGUCGAGAAGCUUCAGGGUGAACGCAAGGAGGCUGAUGGAGAACAGGAUGAAGAGGAAAAAGAUGAUGGGGAAGCUAAAGAGAUCUCUACGCCUACGCACUGGUCUAAACUGGAUCCCAAAACAAUGAAGGUAAAUGACCUUCGCAAAGAAUUAGAAAGUCGAACCCUUAGCUCUAAAGGACUGAAAUCUCAGUUGAUAGCUCGACUGACAAAGCAGCUGAAAGUAGAGGAACAAAAAGAAGAACAAAAGGAGCUAGAGAAGUCUGAGAAAGAAGAGGAAGAGGAGGAGGAUAGGAAAUCUGAAGAUGACAAAGAGGAAGAGGAAAGAAAACGUCAAGAAGAAAUGGAACGUCAGCGGCGGGAGAGACGAUACAUCCUGCCGGAUGAGCCAGCAAUCAUUGUACAUCCCAACUGGGCAGCAAAGAGUGGGAAGUUUGACUGCAGCAUUAUGUCUCUUAGUGUUCUUCUGGACUAUAGACUAGAAGACAAUAAAGAACAUUCCUUUGAGGUAUCAUUGUUUGCUGAACUUUUCAAUGAAAUGCUUCAGAGAGAUUUUGGUGUCAGAAUUUACAAAGCACUGAUAUCGCUUCCAGAGAGGGAGGACAAAAAAGACAAAAAAACCAAAAAAGAUGAGAAGAAAGAAAAAAAAGAAGAAAAAGAUGAUGAAACAGAUGAUCCAAAACCUAAGAGGAGAAAAUCUGGAGAUGAUAAAGAUAAAAAAGAAGACAGAGAUGAAAAAAAGAGGGAAGAUAAAAGGAAAGAUGAUUCUAAAGAUGAAGAAGAAACUGAAGAAGACAAUAAUCAAGAAGAAUAUGAUCCAAUGGAGGCAGAAGAGGCCGAAGAUGAAGAUGAAGAAUGCAGACCACUCGCAACUCCCAUUGAAGUCAGUAGGAGAUAUAGGGAAGAAGAGGAAAUGAACAAACGGGAGGACAGAAGAGAGGGAAAUAGGCAUUGUAAAGAGAGGGCAUCUAAAGAUAAGGAGAAAGACAAGACACAGAUGGUAACCGUUAAUAGAGAUCUUCUGAUGGCUUUUGUUUAUUUUGAUCAAAGUCACUGUGGAUAUCUUCUGGAGAAGGACAUGGAGGAGAUACUGUACACUCUUGGACUACACCUGUCACGUGCUCAGGUCAAGAAACUACUUAAUAAAGUAGUGCUUAGAGAAUCUUGCUUUUACAGAAGACUAACAGAUACUUCUAAAGAUGAAGAAAACCAAGAAGAAUCUGAGGAGCUGCAGGAAGAUAUGUUAGGAAACAGAUUACUGCUACCAUCACCAACCGUAAAACAAGAAUCAAAAGCCAUAGAAGAGAAUGUUGGCCUCAUUGUGUACAAUGGAGCUAUGGUGGAUGUUGGGAGCCUUCUGCAGAAGCUGGAGAAGAGUGAAAGAGUGCGGGCAGAGAUAGAACAAAAGCUUCAGUUACUGGAAGAAAAAACAGAUGAGGAUGAAAAGACCAUUCUACAACUGGAGAAUUCUAACAAAAGUCUAUCUGCGGAGCUCAAAGAAGCAAAAAAGGACCUUGGUCAACUGCAAGAAAAUUUGAAGAUCUCCGGUGAUAAAAAUUUGCAGUUUGAGGGUCAGCUGAAUAAGACAAUCAAAAAUUUAGCUACUGUUAUGGAUGAAAUAGAGAGUGUUCUUAAACAGGAUAUUGUGAAGAGUGAAGAUAAAGAUCAGAAAUCCAAAGAAAAUGGAGCGAACGUAUGAUAAACCUGCUGCUGUUCAGAAGACUGGUGUUACAUAAUGUAAUAUAAAUCAUGAUACCAGAAUGUAUGGGAAGUGAUGCAUGUUUGAUUUUAAUAGUAUAAAUAUCUUAGUUCCAAAAGAUGUAUAAAAUUUUAUGAAUGUGAGUGUCUUACUUCCGAAGAUUGCUUGUAAUUCUUGGCAUUCAAUUUGAGACACUCCUCAAGUGAAAAUAAUUUUGCAUUGCAAAAUGUUUUAGGAUGAACUUUGUUAUAGUUUUAACCCUAAGAAAGUUCAUCAACGUAAUGAACAGUAGCAAGUAUUUAAUUACCAAAUGUUUUUUCAUUAAAGUCUAGUGAAAUCGAAAUUUCCAUUAUUUAUAGAAUUGCCAUUUUUAGGUUUUUAUUUUUGUUUUGGUCUAAUUAGUCCUUUUAAAUUCGAAUAUAAAUCACAACAUAGCAUGCUGCUUAAUUUUGCAAGUAAAGAUUUUUUUUUUUAACAAAAAAAGCUUCUUGCAUUUUUUUUCUUGUCACAGCUUUCUUUUCCCGUCCAAAUGUAACUUUAUUUCCCAGAGCUGCUUGCAUUAAAGCCUUCCAAUAUACAGUAGUUCAGAUGAGUUAAGAAAGCAAUAGAAACCUAUCAAAACAAUGGUAGGAUUGUGAGAUUUACGUGAAGUAACGUGGGCCUGUUCUAAAUGUAUGUCAUUUGCGUUCCUUUAUUGUUCUCAUCUUUGAAUUGCACAAAUGCAGUGUAUUAAAGUGUACAGUUGGAUACCAGGCCAGUAGAUGUCAGAAUUAUGCCUUCCGUGGAGAAAAAGCUACCACUGUAAGCCACUUUCAGUGAAAUUUGGAUUUCUUUCUAAUGUGUGUAAUUACUUGAGAGUCUCCAACAAAAGAAUGGAUACACAAGUAUCAGUCCUCCCAUGUUAAAGUUCUGAAGGAGCAGGACACGCAACUCAGUUGUUUGAAAGUGGGCAAGAUUACCUUCCUUUGUGUUCACAAAUCACUGAAGAUCUAAACUUAAAAUAUAAUGUGACAUCAUUGUCAAAGGCAACUUAUUCAAUGGGAGAUAUAAACAGUUAUAUUUUGGUGCAACUUUCAGGAAAUUUAAGAGGUUUAAAGGUUGAGACAGAAGAGUUUUCUUACAGAAAUGGUUUGUUUUAGCAGACAUUUGUUUUUUUUAGCCUAGCUGUCCUAGGUAACUAAAUACCUGUUAGGAGAGUUCAAGUGCCAUAAUAUGUAUGAAUACCUACAUGGAAACUCAUGUAGCUUUACUGAGAUAUACAUUAAAAUGCCUGAAUUUAUGUUCAAAAGAGUCUAAAGUGGUGCUUUUAUCACUUGACCUUUCUUGGCUCUUUCGGAGCUAGCCAAGUCAAUAUUUUUUCAUUAAAAUAACAUGCAUAAGCUUCCCCUCAUUCAUCUCAGUCAAGUCACUGUAUAAUAACUGUUCACACCGAAGUAGGGAGUACUAUAAAAACACUGAUUAUUGCAUGCUUUAUGAACUAAGAGACAGUAUCUCAGAAUGACUGAAUGAGGAUGGUGGUAUUAACCUUCCAAGGAGCAUUAUCUGAUGUACAGAUGGUGUUAACAGAUUCUUUUGUAAUCAGAUUCUAUUUUUCACCUUUACCUUUGUACCAGUUGCUGACAGCAUGUUUCGCUUCUGAUGCUGAGCACUGUUUCUUUACUUGGACUUGAAAGGAUCGCAUUUGGAAUACUUUGUUCAUUCAUUUUCAGCAGUACAUGUCAACAUCCAAGAAUAUGGUUCUAGAGCUCAAGAUAACAUCUUUUUAGGCACCUGUUGACAUAUUUUGCUGGGGUGUUUUUACCUUAAUCUGCUGAGCUGAAAGCAGUUGUUGCAACAAGCAGGCCUCAUUGUGCAUUUCAGCGAGCAGCCCUGUGACAUAGCUGAUAGAGUUAUGCAUUUUCUACAGUGUUUAUGAAAAAAAAUGGUUAGAAUGAGUGUAAUCCUAUUCUUUAUUGCUUUGAUGUAAUAGUGUUUCAGAUACUAUGUACAGUCUGCACUGAUGUCAGAAAGGAAGUCAAAAGGGUGAAGAAUUAAGAAGAAAACCGAGAAGUUUUAUAAUCCAUGCAGAGCUUGAUCAGUCUCCUGGAACACAAUCUGAGGAACAACAGACACCUCUACAGACUGUUUUAAAUUGCUCUACCAAGCCGCACAAGGUUCUGUAUGUACACAGUAUCAAUGCUGGUCAUUAGCUAAAGCUUCCUGGUAAUAUUUGCAGGAAUAAAUUAAGAAAAUUGAA